AUGCAUUUGAUGCUGACAGCGAACGAGGAUUCAACUGAAAAGGGAUCAUCCAAACUCACCGAUGAACAAAUAAAGGGCCGGUAUCAGAUCUUUCUUUUCGCACGUUACGAAACUUCGAGUAAUACUUUGGCCUAUAUCAUGACCUACCAGCUGGCCCUGAACCAGAAUGUAAAGGACAAAUUAAGAAAGGAGAUCAAUGAAGCAGUCAAGAGAAAGCCUGAAAGCUCUCUCUACGACCUUUCUCAUGACAUUGAUUAUCUUGAUUGUGUUAUAAAUGAAUCACUGCGACUAAAUCCACCUUUGGCUCAGGUUAACUGUGAAUGUGUGGACGACAACAAGUUUAAUGACAUUUAUAUCCCCGCAGGACCACAAGUCAUCAUUCCUGUGUAUUUUCUGCAUCGUGACCCCGAUGUCUGA